AAGAAGAAGAAGCUGAAGAUCAUCCACACGCUGGUUCAGCUCGGGACCUUUCAUCUUCUCUGUGGUCGGGAUCGUCGGCCGUGUGUGUCGACUUCCACAAUGCACUUGGGCAUUCCCAAUAUGUACAGUCUGCACUCGUGGGUCGGUCUGUGUGUGGUUAUCCUGUUUGCCUGCCAGCCAUCUUUAAAAGAACUAGCAGUUAGAUGGAAUAGAACAUACUCAGAAGUGAAAAGUGGAGGUCAGACGGUGGCGACGUUCGAGCUCCUUUCGGUUAUUGUACUGCUGUUCUUGCUGCUGGUCUGCUUCCUUGCCGUUGUACAUCAGUUUUUUGGACUUGCAAUAUUUAUUGGUUCUGUAGCUUCAUGCCUUUUAGGCUUGACAGAAAAAGGCAUUCUUUUCGAUGCAAACUCGAAAUCAAAUGGUUACAACACUUACCACCUGAGGCAUCUUAAUGAAUGUUUAUCGGCAUUUUGUGAUUUCUUCGCGCGAGUAGUGGUCUAUCUGAUGUCCAACUCGCCAUUUCCGCCGGCAGACUUCUGA